GGCAAAAGGUCUUCAUAUCCGAACCAACUCCGUUGUUACUAAAAUUAUUUCCAAGAGACUUGAUAAGCUAAAAGCUGGCAGUAAUAAAGCUAUUAAGCCAGUAGAUUACUCGACCAUCAGAAAGAAUAAUAAUAAUAAUAAAAGGGAAUUAAAUAAACAUGAUAACUACGAAAGUAACUUCCAAGCCGUGAGUGUUAUUUUAGAAAGCGGCGAAACACUUUCUGCAGAUUCUGUAUUAGUUACAGUCUCUUUGGGAGUCCUGAAGAGCAAGCUUAUAACGUUUGAGCCUCCUCUUCCUCAAUGGAAGCAAGAAGCCAUCGAUCGUUUAGGCUUUGGUCAGUUGAAUAAAGUCGUUAUGCAAUUUUCAAGUAUAUUUUGGGAAGAAGAUUACGACGUGUUUGGUCUUCUCCAAAAGGAGUUAAGCGAGCGUGGAGAUUUCUAUAUGGUUUGGAAUUGCGUGAAAUGCUAUGGAUUACCGAUCUUGAUGGCCAUCAUCGCUGGUAGUAAUGUAGCUUUAUAUGAAGAGAUGGCGGACCACCUAGUAGUGGCAAAAGUUAUGUUUUUGUUAAGAAGAUCCUAUCCAGAAGCACCAGAUCCUCUCUGCUAUAAAAUCACCCGCUGGGGUAAAAAUAGAUUAGUUCAAGGCGCCUAUUCGUACAUCCCCGUCGGAUCCUCUGGAAAAGAAUAUGAUUUAUUAGCAGAUUGUGUGGACGACAUCAUUUACUUUGCUGGAGAACAUACUUCAAAAAAAUAUUGCACUACUUGCGCCGGCUCGUUUGUCAGCGGAAUUAAAGCAGCGGCUGAUAUAAUCCAGCGGCAGCAGUUUACACAAUUUUUAAGGACUCAUACGAACCAUAGUACCAGCGACAGCAAAAAUAUGUCAAAGUGCAAAAGAAGAAAGCACUAGUAAAAACAAGUUUUUUAUCAAUAUUGACCAUCUACGGCAUUUCUCCAAGC